AUGGGGAAGCCAAGGAUGAUCAUUCUAGUGCGCCAUGCACAGUCAGAAGGCAACAAAAAUCGCGACAUUCAUCAAACCAUUCCAGACCACCGUGUAAAGCUCACUCCUGAAGGAUAUCGACAAGCCCAAGAUGCAGGCCGUCGAUUACGGGAUCUCCUCCAGCCGGACGAUAAGCUUCAUUUCUUUACCUCCCCAUAUCGGCGGACAAGGGAGACUACAGAGGGAAUUAUUGAAUCCCUAACCUCCGAUACACCUUCUCCUUCACCUUUUCAAAGGCACACGAUCAAAGUUUAUGAAGAACCACGGCUACGAGAACAAGAUUUUGGUAACUUUCAGCCAUGUUCCACAGAGAUGGAGCGCAUGUGGAUGGAACGAGCAGACUAUGGUCAUUUCUUCUACCGGAUUCCCAAUGGCGAGUCUGCAGCAGAUGCCUAUGACCGAGUGAGUGGGUUUAACGAGUCCCUCUGGCGCCAGUUUGGCGAGGAUGACUUUGCCAAUGUCUGUGUUCUUGUUACGCACGGACUUAUGGCACGGGUGUUUCUCAUGAAGUGGUAUCACUGGAGCGUGGAAUACUUUGAGGACCUUCGUAACAUCAAUCAUUGCGAGUUCCUGAUCUUGACCCACAACCCAGAAAAUGGAAAAUACACACUACAGAACAAGCUUCGCACCUGGUCAGAUCUUCGAAAAGACCGAGAUCGUGAAAAUGCAUCCAAAGAGCAGUUUCCUACAUCCAUCCCGCCUGCUGGUCAUGCCGCCGUUACAGAAUAUAUUCCAAUUCGGCGCAAGUGGGGCGGCUGUCCCGACGGCUGUACUCACGGAUUGACUGCAGAUGGAAAACAACUGUUACGAGCAAAUCUACUGAAUUCCAUGCGUCAGGAGCAUGCCUAUGCUCAAGCAAAGCACGCGGAUGAUCACGCAGGGAGUUUUGGGUCCAAACUUCACAAAUCUAUAUCCAUCGACGAGGUCGUAUCAUCCUCAGAAGAAAGUGCAGUUCAUAAUGAUACCACCCACAAAUCCAGCACUCGGCGUGUCUCCAACACGCAGCACAUACUUCGCGACGAUGACAACGGAGACACCACGAAGCAAUAUGAGUCUGCCUCAGAAGCCCGGCCAAGCGUGAAUCCAUUGCAUCCAAAACGGCCGAACUUGCAUGGAGUGAACCGAAAUAGCGAAGAUCAUCUCCUCCACCCACCAACAGCCACUUCUUCAGCUUCGGCGCACCUAAAGUAUGCCCUCCUUCACCUUGGCGGCCGGGACGGUGGAGGCUCAAUGAGCGGAGCAAAUAGCCUCGCCCCAUCUGACGAUGAAGGCGACGACCAUGACCACCACCGCCACGCUGCACCAGCCUCUUCCAGCCUCGCCACUGGCAAUCUGUCCCAUGCGAACCAGCAACACUUCGAAUUCCCGUCCAGCGAGCAAACUCAACGGCCACCUCCCUCUCAGGACGUUGAAGAUGAUGGCGAUGAUGAGAUGAGCGGCAAUCCGACGGAGAAAUCUAAGAAGACUCGCCUACACCAUCACCAUCACCACUAUCAUCACCACCAUGUUUCUUCUUCCACUGACCAAUCUGAGCACCGCAUGGCCAAUAUCCUAGGCGACGGAGACGAAUCGUCCAACCACUCAGAACCAAAGACGCAACGACCAGAAAGUUCAUCAACAGAUUCCCCGUCUCAUCUGCACAUCGAGGAAUUGUCCUUAGAGGAGCGCCAAAAGCAAGAUCAGAGCAUUCAAGGGAGCGUCUACUAG